UGCGACCACCAAUACAACCGUUCAUUCUCAAGAAGCAAGUCGCACAGUUAACUUACAGUUAAGCGCGUUACUUUGAUUAUUUUCACGUCUCUCUGGAUAUGUCCAAACAAGUCGUCUGAUAAUGUUGGGGAGAAAAGUACCUGGACCGAGUGGAAUGGACCGGGGCAGGAUAGGAGAGAGACUACAUGCAGCCCUAGCCGGACUGCAGGAGCUUCAUCUCCUCCGGGACAAACAGAGUAGUAGGGUGCAGUGGGCUCUGACCCUAAACCGAGAAGAGUCCGACAAAUCCAAACAAGAUAGUGUGAGCACAGAGGAGCUGAGAUUAGAGGCAACACUUAAUCUACUCAAACAACAACUGUCACGUCUGCGUAAACAAGAUGUGGGAUUGAAGACGCACUUGCAGCAGCUGGAUCAACAAAUCAGCGAGUUGAAACUGGACGUAUGCAAAGCCUCCACGGAGCACCUGGAGAGCGACAGCAGACCCAGCUCAGGGUUCUUUGAGCUCAGUGAUGGGGGUUCAGGGUCACUGUCCAACUCUUGCACCUCCGUUUACAGCGAGAGUCUCUCCUGUUCUUCUCAAAACAAUCUGCUUCCCCUCCUCUCCGCUUCAUAUUCUUCACCUGGCCGUAAUGCUUCUGGACCGACCAGCGUGUCCCGUUGUUGUUCUGCUGACGAAAGCAUGGCCCAGACCGACGUUCCGAGAUCGCUGGGAGUGAAACUAGGUAGCGGGUGCAUACGAUUGCCUCCAGGGAAACCACAAAGAGCAAGGCAAAGACCCGUUUCCACAGGUGAUCUUGACCGCGUCAUCACAUCUGGAAUCGGCACCUUCAGAUCUACUGACGUGAAGACCUCCACAAUCUGCGGGAGCCUUCACAACCCCUCGGUAGACGUCAAAUACCAAAGUAACCUAGUGUCGAGCAGCGGGACAGAGGUGUACUGUUACCCCAGCCCACUUCACGCUGUGGCCUUACAAAGUCCCAUCUUCAGUAUCACGGGUGAUCAGGGAUGUCAGGUCGUGUCUGAAGCACAGGAUGAAAACCUUGGAGAUGGACUUGAAGACGUAACCCAGAACCCUAACCAGGGGUCCACAAACUCCCAGUGUGCUGGAUACAUCAACAAGCUACUGCAGCGAAGCUCAAGUAAGAUAAGCCUGUUAAACGAAAUAAGAGGUGACCCCCAUACUGCUAUUAAAAGUAGUGAGGAGCAAAGACCCAGAUCUCAAGAAAUGAACAAUGGACAUCCUCAACUUCGGGGGUCUCUUCAACAGCUAACGUUGCCGUUAGCAAAUACACAAGACAUUGAAAAGACAUCUUCAGCACUAAACGGCAAUCAGCAGAAGAUAAAUAUGGAGUCCAGUUUAGAUUUAGUGAAGGUCCAGCCGUUGUACCGUGACACACACCAGGCACCUCUCAAAGACCUCCAACAGAAUUACAUUCCUCUAAAUAAUGCCAUAGUAAAAACUAGCGCCGAGUCUGACCCUCGUCUCUCAGAUAAGGGUAGCAGACAUUCGUUUGAGUCAUCAUCUGUCUCAAAGUCACUUGAGAGACAAUCAAGUUUUACUCUUAGAAAGGAGGAACAAAGAAGUUUUGAUCUUACACCUCAUUCAGAAGAGUUCGUCCAUGCAGAGUUCGUACCCGCGGGGUCUCAAAGGAUGAAGGUGCGUCAGGCAGACAAGAAAACAAAAUCGGUCAAACUGAGAAAAAAGAGCACAGAGAAACCUUCAACAAAGAAGCAGCAGCAAAAACACUUGUGCACCAAGACCCGAGCGGACAUGAAGCAGUCCGGUUUGUGCAAAGGUAAAGUGACCAAUCUGGAAGAGUCCCACAUGUACUCCAGCUCAGACGGCAGUCGUAAUGGACUGUUCAACAUGCACUGCGUCCAAAACAAGUCUCACCAAACAUCCAAACCCAUCAAAUCUCAUAAACCCCACUACCCUGAACUUGUGCACAUUCCUCAAGAUCAGUCCAGAAAGAAACAGAGUUCCCGAAAGUGGCCUUCGGCAUCCGAAAUUCAGCUACCCACAACUCUCAACGCCCCGAGAUCCAAAGAGAUGCCAGCCUCACGUAAGACAGGCAUGAUGAGGAGUCUCAGCGCAAGGCCUCGCUCAGGUCAGUGGGGCUGUGCUCCACGACCCCUCUGUCAAUCUCUCUCCACCUCUUCUUACCUCAGUUACUUGGAAUCUAGAUAUCCAGCCGCUCCUAAAUCUGGCCGCUACCCUCCUCGGUGUGAAUCGGAGUUUUCGGAAUACUCGGCGGAGUGCGCAUCGCUCUUUCACUCAACUAUUGCGGCAAGCAGCGAUGGGGAGAUGAGCGACUACACCACAAAUCGUUUUGGAGACAGCGAGUCCAGCCAGGGCUCUCAGACGGCGUCGGACUCUGACAGCAGCCUCUCGCUGGAUGAGGAGGACCUGUUGGAGGAAGAAGAGGAAGGUGAAGUUGGUCUAGUUUGGGCUCAGGCUACAAUGGGACCUACGGCUGCGGGCAUUUCUAUGCAGCAGCGACAACGUUCGGAUUCGGCGGCGUGCCGUAUUAAAGCGUCCAGAGCACUAAAGAAGAAGAUCCGGCGCUUUCAGCCAGCAUCACUUAAGGUGAUGACUCUAGUGUAGUUUCACACGUAAUGAUGCCUUUCUAUUUGUAACAUAGCUAGCCUUAAAAACUUGGGACUCACAUGGAGCCUUUGCAAACGUAUCUGAUACAAAAGAUACGUGAACUCGGAAAGCUUUACUUUGUUAUGCUCAUGUUCACUGUCUAAAUGUCAGAAGACUUGAGAAAUUUAGAAAACUUCUUAACAACCUGGAUCCAAUGUCUUGUAUUGAUGUACACUGUAAAUAGGGUCUUUGUAUAUCUUUAAAUAUAAAAAAACCUCUUCCAAAAUUGCUGUGUAAAUACAACAAAUUAAUUUUGACAGUUUGUGAAAUAAAAUAAUACUUAAAAAAACAAUAAAAUGUUGCUUUUCACAUUUG